CUGUCUGUAAUCAAUGGAGCUCAAGUCUAAAAAGAGUUCAAUAUUAGUAGAUAAUACAAUAAGAGCUGGAGAAAAAAACAUCACUGACCCUUCAGGAGCAAAUCCAGAGGCUUCUCCUGCAGCAGCAGCUAUGGAGAACAGCCCAGCAGAAAAACCAGCUAAACACAAGAAGAAAAGCCUUUGUGCAUUCUUCAAGAAGACAUGGCUUGCUGUGAAAAGCACUCGUCGAGGCAACAAAACAGCCCCUCCUCAGCUUGUGACGGACACAGAUUCAGCUGAUCUUCAGUGUGGUCCUUCUGAUCUCGAACCAGCAGCACACUGUCAUCCAGCUGAUCCACAGCCAGGCCCGUCCGGCCUAGAGCCAAUAACUCUACAGGAUCAACCUGAUCCUCUGCCAUGUCUGUCCAGCAUCACACCGAUAGACUGUGAUGAAAAUCCAGCUGAUCCCAAGCCAGCUGAAGAAAAUCAAACAAACACAAAGAAGAAGAAACGCAUUCUCACACUCUUCAAAAGAUUGUGGCGGGCUGUAAAAUGUGCAUCAACACGGAAAAAGCACAACAAAGUGGCUCCUCUUUGUGCACAACCCGACUCCGAUUCAGCUGAUCCUCAGUCGGAUCCAAACAUUCUUGAACCGAUGGCUCUGCAGCAUUCAGCUGAUCAUCGGUCAGAUCCCUCUGUCCAUGAAACCAUGGCUCUACAAGAUCUGACAGAUCCUCCAGAAGAUCAUCUGUCUUGUUCGUCUGAUCCUGGUCAAGAACCGCCUGGUUUUGUGCCAACGUGUCGGCAGGAUUCGGCUGAUCAUCAGUCGGAUCCAUCUGACUUCAAACCAUGGCUCUACAAGAUCUGA